ACCGUUCGAAGUGGCCGAAGUAUGGAGCAUAUACAGAUGUGAGUUCUUGCUUCAGUGUGCGUGGUCAGCCUAUCCCCUCCAUAGCUGUAGCGCGUUGCAUCGUGGUGCGACUGGUAUCACUGCUACGGAGUGCUCCGGUUAGUGCGUGAUACGUUGCCGACUCGGUUGGAUUCGCUCGUUGUUGUUUCGCGACGUUGAAAAACAGUGAAUGUCGUGACGCGGUAUGUGUCGAUUGUCGGUGCGUCUCGUCGACGUCGCCGCCGAACGUGUGUGAUCCAUCGCCCCGUGAAUCGUCGGCGAUCGCCCGAGGACAGUUUAAAUCGGUGUUGUUACGUAGUAUUUACGUAGUAUUUACGUAGUACCCUCGUAGUACAGACACCUUAUUGCGCGGUUUGCCUCGCCUCGUCCCGUCUUGCCUUGGCUCGCCUCGUCCAAGUCUCGUCUCGCCCGUCCGGUCGUCUCCCUGGUGUCUCGCUGGAACACGAAGGUGCAUGCUACCGUAGAUCGAGCGGAUCAGCACGCCUCGCGAUAUACAGGCGGAUGAUGUUGGAUCGCGACACGGCGAUACAUCUCGUCGCCGGAGGAGUGGCUGGCACGGCAGGAGCAAUAGUAACUUGUCCACUUGAGGUAGUAAAAACCCGAUUGCAGUCAUCAUCUUCCGGUUUUCAUCCACCACCCGUAAGCAAAGAAUUCACAUCUGGUCAUCCAACAUGCAAAGGUUCACCAACACCUGAACAACGCAGAAGGCUAUGCACUGGAUACCCCAGGUAUUCCAGUCAUUUUGUAGCUCUCUCGCAUUUUGGCGUCUCGACUUCACCUCCAGAUUCUUCCCGGCACGCGCCGGGCAUCUAUCAAUGCUUAAGGUACAUCAUCAAGAAUGAGGGUGCACGAGGACUGUUUAAAGGUCUUGGUCCGAAUCUCAUUGGCGUGGCACCUUCCAGAGCGAUCUAUUUCUGCGCGUACUCCAAAAGCAAGGUCGCGUUCAAUGCGAUUCUGCCACCUGACACUCCGAUCGUCCACGUUUUCGCCGCAUCCUGCGCUGGUUUCAUCGCGUGUACAUUGACAAAUCCGAUUUGGUUCGUAAAAACCAGACUACAGCUGGAUCACCGAUCGCAAAAAGUCACAGCGAUAGAAUGCAUGCGGAGGAUAUAUCAACAAUCGGGUAUCCUGGGAUUCUACAAAGGUAUCGUGGCAUCCUAUGUAGGCAUAAGUGAGACUGUGAUACACUUUGUGAUAUACGAAGCUGUGAAGGCAUGGCUAGCUACACAUAGGUCGCGGGCUUCUCAGACAGACGAUAGAAAGACGUUCCGUGAUUUUAUCGAAUUUAUGGCGGCAGGUUCAUUUUCGAAAACGAUAGCCUCAACUAUUGCCUAUCCUCACGAGGUCGCAAGAACCCGUUUGCGAGAAGAAGGCACCAAAUAUCGCACAUUCUGGCAAACUUUGAACACUGUAUGGAUGGAGGAGGGUAUGAAGGGUCUCUAUCGUGGCCUUGGCACUCAGCUAAUUCGACAGAUUCCAAAUACCGCUAUCAUAAUGGCAACAUACGAAGCGGUAGUGUACGUGCUGACUCGACACUUCCAUCCGGUUACAGUAAAAUCAAGUACCGAUGCGACAUCGGAAUUCUACAACGAAGCUAAAGCGAAGAGAGAGCUGGCCUAGGAUUUGCUUACGGCCCCCGAGUAAAGGGCCACCUAUCAACUAUUUCCCUCUUUUCCAGUAGACGAAUACCACACAUACUUGAGGCAGCAUAAAGUUUCGUCGCACGUCUAGGCGCAUCGAAAGCAGCUGGAAAUGCGUUCAAUGUCCUAAUCGUUGCUCCAAAAGGUACUCAAAAAGGUACCAGUUCUUUGGUCGCACUGUACUCUAAAAGUAUAGCAAAAAGUAGUCCUUCCUCCUUUCAGAUAGCAUGUACAUAUCCCAGGCAUGGACCCGCUGUAUCUCGCAAGGAAAGAAAGGGAAAGGGAGAGAAAAAUGAAUUAAGGAAAGCAGAUUUAGCGUCGAAAUAGACGAAGGCUGAGACUUCGCUUCUCGCGAAAAUGUGGACGUGCAUGUAUAUCAUGAACAAAUGGACUUGUAUUAUAUGCUACAAGAUUUAUUUGAUGCAAGAUUCUCUGCUCUAGAAUCAAAACUCGCUCCGAGCCCGAAACGUGUGAAGUUCACUAUAAUAGUCACUGUAGAUUUUAGAUCUCUGACGAGUUUUGAUUCCGGUGCUAUUUUUUCCACAAUUUGUAGGUUUUUUCUUGCAUCUCAUCCUUUUUUUUAUUUAUAAGAAAAGAUUUUUAAAAAAUCUGAAGCUGUAAAAUUGCAGAUGUAUAGGAAUGGAUUCUAUUUGUUACCGUACAAUGCUCGAUAAAAGAGCAGCAAAUAUAAUAGUUUGUGAUUUACACCAGGCGCUUAGAAUUUCUAAGUUGCUUCAAAUAAAAUCGCUAUGUUAGAAAGUGUUUAUUUUAAAGCUCGAUUCUCUCGUGACAUGGGUUGUGUGACGUCAGAGGCGAGAAAUGACAUGUAAAAAGUUUCUGCGUUAUAGCUAUAUCUUGUACUUUUCCCUUAAAAACAUAUUUUCGUAUUCUUAAAACUUGUAAAAAAUACCAGAAAAUAAGAUAUCUGUCCAAUAAAUCGUAAAGGUGUAAAAUAAUUCUUGUAAAAUAAUUCUUGAAAUAAUGGUCACUGUUCAGCUAUCAGAAACAACUAGAUCUAAUAAUCUGGUAAUUUCUGAUAGGUAAGCAGUAUACCAUUUUACACUUUUAUGUGAUUUAUUGGACAAAUAUCUUACUUUCUGGUAUUUUUUACAAGUUUUAAGAAUACGAAAAUAUUAUGUUUUUAAGGAAAAAGUACAGGAUAAUGCUAUACGACGCAAGAAAUUUUUUACAUGUCAUUUUUCGCCUCUGACGUUAUAAUUCAAUAUGGCUGCAGAGAGACAACCGAGUCUUAAGUGAUUCUGUUUAGACAUGAUAUAUUAUGAGUCCGUUCCUUAAAGGCUUCAAUACUUCCUCUCUAGAAUUCUAAUGAAAAUCAUAUUACAUGCUUAUAAAAUUGUGAUAAAUAUUUUGAUAUAUUGAAUUUUGUGAAAAAAUUUUUUAUUUUAUAUCCCAUUUAAAUUUUAAGUGAUGUUAUAUCAUACUUUGAGUAGUAAUAUUGAAAACAAUAAGAACUACUUUAUUCUGAUAUUAGCACAUUUAGAAAAUUUGUUAUCAAUAAUAACAUACUUGCAAAAUUGUAAAAUUAUAACUAAAUGUUUAUAAUUUUUCUAGUUCAAUUAUAUUUGUUAUGUGGCCCAUUCUGUUAUAUUUAUACAUUAUAUAUGAAGCAAUUUCAAACAAUUCUCGGAAUUAACUGAUACAAUAUUUGUAAUUAAAUAACAUAUAAAAUGAUGAAUUUUAAAUUCUGCCAAAACAUCACAACAUGAGCAGAGACAUUAAUCGUGUUAUCAUAAAUAUAUGAUAACAGUAAUAAAAAUAAUUUCAAGUUUAGUACACUAAAAAAACAAUUAUUAUCUUUUGCAAUGUAUGAUUUAGAAUGCAACAGCACAAUUGAAAAACUUCUUGCAAAA